UGUGUGCAAAGCAAAACAAAGUUUUUUGUGUGUAUUUGAAUGUGUAUGUGUGUAUGUUUGUUUGUGUGGGUACAGAAUCAUGGGCAGGUCUGAGGUCAUCAGUCAAGCUGAGAAUCCAACAUGAACACACACACUGUGGUGAUGCACUCUCUCUCAUUUCUCCUCCUCGUUUCAGAGGUGUUUGAAGUUUUCAUCAGGGCAGAGUCAAUAGUGGUGUCCGGGACUGCUGGAGAAGAUGUGGCCAUUCAGUGUCCAUAUCCAAAAGCACAUGAAAGGACACCAAAGUACUUCUGCCGUGAUCCCUGCAACACUGAAGAUGUUCUAGUUCCAUCUAAGAAUGCUCAAAAUGAAACGAGAUAUUCCCUUCAUGAUAACCCAUCUGGACCUUUCUUCACCGUCACCAUCAGGCGCGUGACCUUAAAGGACAGUGGGACUUAUUACUGCGGACUGGACCAGUGGGGCAAAGACACAUUAACAAAGAUUCUACUCAUCAUCACAGAAGGACAUCAGGAAGUGGACGGUGUCAGUCAUGCUGCUAUAAUCCUGGCGGUUAAUUCUGUCCUGCUGGUUUCCUGUGUGCUGGUGUUUGUGGUGAUUCAGUGCAGAUGCAGAACUAAAGACAGACGUCCAUCAGAUCAUGAGCAGCUUCCUGCAUUAUCGUGUCUGUCUGCACACCUGUCUUCAGGCUCAUCAGGUGCAGACAGUAGAGGGCGCCGUCUUAGUCGAGCCGAGUCAGUGGUACAGAGGAAAACAGUUUGGGAACCGCUGGUCUAUGAGGAUGUGUCCAGCCUCCACUCAGUGCAGCUCUACCAGGAAGAGGCAUCAGCUGCCACCUACUCCCAAGGGGGCAGGCGAACCCUCCAGCCCCCUCUGCAGCCCAGGAGCCUGUGUACUCCCUACUGGACCCCUAGUGACCAGACAGCUACAGGAAACAGCUCCCCCUAG